GGCAUAACUUUAUUAUUAUUUUCACGAAUAAAUGUUCUAUAUUACUAUCUGAAUAAUCAAAUCGAUAAAGUCUGAAUUAUAGGGGAAAGAAGAUACUUUUGUAAACUCAUUAAUAUCUAUUUUAUUUAUUUAAGUAAAUAUAAAAAAAUUGUAAUUAUCGUGUGAAGUGAAAUUGUUUUUGUUUGACACGCAUGUCAAAAUAAAUUUCUUUUCGUGUUAAAUUGUGUGAGUGCGAUAAUAAAAUGUUGAACGAGGGUAAAAAUUGCGUUACAAAGAAAAAACAAAAAGUGUUUAAACCUACGAAAAAUUUUCGUUAUCUCCCCGGAUCGGUAUCUAGAGAAACAAAUUUGGACGAUCUACAAAAGUACAAUUCCCAUCGUUACAGGCUGUUUACCAUUCGUAGUACAAUGGACACGACUCCCAUGCCCAUAAAUCCCCAUAGAUUGUUUCCUAUGAGUAAAAUAGCUGAGGAUAUUCUUCAAUGCGAAACAAUUGAUAAAGAAAACAAGCGUCUUUUAUAUAAAAUUAAUUUUAUUAAUAGAAACGGGGGGUGGGUGGAUUGUUAUAACCCUUGGGCGUAUUUUAGGAAAGACGAUUGGUUAAGUUACGAAAGAAAAAUGAAACAAAACGAUAAAGAAAAUAAGAUGUUGUAUAAAAUGUUGUUAAAUUCGGAAUCUUAUUAUUCUAAAAAAGAUAUGGAUAAACGUUGGGAGAAUAUUAUGGAAAAAAUGUCGCAUAGUUGUAAAUUUCCAUUAAUUAUAACCAAGGCUGUAAAUCACGACGCCAUUUUGAAAUCAGAACCAUCUAUUAGUAGCGGUUUGAAUUUACCCCAAAAAGAUACGACAAAUCGACCAAAAUGUUUUUUGGAAUUCAAAGUUAGAGAUGGGGAAUAUUUGGGUAAGGUGAUUAUACAAUUAUAUUUCGAUUAUGUACCGGUGACGGUUCAAAAUUUCAUGGAAUUAUGUCGAGGCGAUAAAUUGUCGUACAAAAAUUGUUUGGUACACCGAAUAGUACGGGGGCAAUUUCUGGAAACUGGAGAUAUAACGUUAGGAACGGGUAGAGGUGGGACGUCGAUAUACGGCAAAACGUUCCGGGAAGAAAAUCACGUUUUGAAACAUACGAAAGCAGGUGUAGUUUCGAUGAAACGGUUACCACCGAACGAAAAUAAUUCACAAUUCGUUAUAACGUUAACGAAAAUGGAGCAAUUAGAUCAUAAAAACGUUGUUUUCGGUAAUGUCGUUAAAGGUUUUGGAAAUUUGUUAAAAAUUCAAAAUUACGGUAGGAAAAUAGGUAAACCUUACGUCGACAUAAUUAUAUGUAAUUGUGGUUUAUUAUAAUAAAAUAUUUUUUUAAC